AGAUACAGUUGCACGAUGGCUGCGGACAGUGCCUUGCUACUGUCUCUGGUGGAGGAAUUUGUCUCGGGACUACAAGACAGCAAGGCCAAAGAUACAGCAGCUGGUGUCAAAGAUGGACACUUCACAGUACUGCAGCUGGUGGAAGCACUGGGACUGAGUUUGACGAGCUCUCAGCCUCACACCCGAGCCAGGGGAGUCCAGCUGCUGUCUGAGGUUUUGCAUGAGUGCUAUGGAAAUCUUACAGAGAGAGAAGUGGAAGUGCUGAUUGCUUUCUAUGAAAACCGUCUAAAGGACCAUUACAUCAUUACACCACCUGUUUUACAGGGGCUCAGAGCACUGACAAAAUGUACGGUGUUGCCUCCUGGCUCAGCCGUGUCCAUGCUGAGGUCUUUGUUCCAGGAUGUUCAUGUACAGUCUUUGAUGCUGACAGAGAGAUCAUGUGUCUACAACAUGCUCAUCAACCUCAUGGAGACCAGAGAGGCCGAGCUGAAAGGUUUGGGGGCAGACUUUGUGUUUGGCUUUGUCCAGUCAAUGGACGGCGAGCGGGAUCCUCGAAACCUCCUGUUAGCCUUCCAGAUUGCAAAGAACAUCAUCCACCGUGGUUAUGAUCUAGGUAAAUUCACAGAGGAGCUUUUCGAAGUGACGUCCUGCUAUUUCCCCAUCGACUUCACCCCCCCUGCCAAUGAUCCUCACGGCAUCACCAAAGAGGAACUAAUCGAGGCGCUGAGGGCCGUCCUCAGCGGGACACCAAAGUUUGCUGAGUUUCUGUUGCCACUCAUCAUUGAGAAACUGGACUCAGACGUUCAGAGUGCGAAGCUGGACUCGCUGCAGACUCUGACUGCCUGUUUGUCACAAUAUGAACAUAAGGACGUGGCAGAAUUCCUUGAGGGACUGUGGACAUCGCUGCGCAGAGAGGUGUUUCAGACAUCCAGUGAGAGGAUUGAGUCUGCAGGCCUCGCUGCUCUCACUACACUCACUUCCUGUCUCUCUCGCUCAGUCCUCAACUCUGACUCUGAAGACUCCCUCAGCACUUUCCUGGAUCUUGUUCUUAAAGACUGCAAACAUCACCUGUGUGAGCCGGACCUGAAGCUUGUGUGGCCCAGUGCCAAGCUGCUGCAGGCCGCCUGCAGCGCCUCCAACAGGGCGAGCCACAUCAUUACAGCCGCCGUCAUGCCGUCUCUCAUCGAUCAGUACAGCAGCCGAACACAGUGUUCCCACAGACGGACAUUACUGGAGGUGGUGGUGCGAUUCAUCCAGUCAGUAAAAACCAGUCAGUCUUCAGAGAACGAGGAGAGUGUGUUUUCAGCCUUCCGCGAGUCUCUGUGCAGCAUGGUGUUUUCAGCCCUGUCGGAGACUAACUCCAGUCUGCAGAUCACAGCCACCUCGAUGCUCACCUCACUGGCACAACAAACAGGUCUGCUGUUGGACUCUGACAUUGAGCUGGCUGUGGAUCACCUGACCCGACUGUUGCUGACAGAGGAGGAUGACAGAGUCAGUCUUGCUGUGGUAGAGUGUGCUGGAGCUUUAGCAGCGCUGCACCCAGCAGCUUUCAUCACCAAACUGAUCCCGAGACUAAAGACGGAGAUGUUUACUGAACCCAUGGAUCAGGACAACAACAGAGUAGCUUCUGAGCAGUACUCCCAUCAUGCAGUGCGUCAGCGGUGUCUGUCUGCUCUGGCAGCGGUGUCCACCCAGCCCAGCAUUGUCCGGGAGAGCACGCCUGUCCUCCUGGAGGUCCUCAGCUCAGCACACACAGGUAGCGUCGGUUUCUCAGUGGAGGAGGUGGUGCUGGCGUGUCGCAGCCUUCAGAGGAUAGCAGAGCAGGUUCAGGACACGGAGGAGACAGGACAAUGUUUCCAUGAAGUCAUCAUCCCACGCCUGCUCUCACUGGCUCUUCAAGCAGCGCUGCAGGGAGAGGGGAACUCUGGUCGUCGUAGUCCUCUGGUGGAGGAGGUGGUCCUGUCUGCUGUGGUCCCUGUCAUCAGCACUUCCUGCUCCAGGCUACAGCCAACGUUGGCGGGACAGACGGCGUCGAGAGCUGUCUCUCUCUUCCUGGACGGUGAUGUCUCAUUUUUGCCUGACAACUCAUUCCCUUCACACAUCCAGCUGCUCAAGAAGCAGCAGGGCGACUCAUGGAGCCAGUCUCAGAUGGUCUGUCUGCUCAUGGGCUGCGUGUGUUCGUUACCUCGCAGCGUGGAGGUGCCACAGAUAGACCAGCUGCUGUCACAGCUGGAGGAGAUGAGCUGCACCUGCAGCCACCCGCUGUCCUACACCUCUGCUGCAAAGUGCUUUGCUGGUCUGGUCAACAAGCGAUCACAGGGUGAUUCUCUUGAUAGCCUUAUACAGAGGACAACGAAGAGAGUGUGUAGUGAGUUGGACUCUACAUCUUCGCCUGUGCGCACUCAGGCGUUCACCCUCAUGAUCUGGGUGGCCAAGGCGUUGCUUCUCCGAUACCACCCUCUGUCCACAGCACUGACUGACAAGCUCUUCUCUCUGCUCGGUGAUGCUGAUCUGGGUGCGAUGGCGGCAGACGGCUUCUCGCUGCUGAUGAGCGACUCUGCCGACGUUCUAAACCGCGGCUGCCACGCCGACGUUCGCAUCAUGUACCGCCAGCGCUUCUUCAGCGAGAAUUCGGCAAAGUUGGUCCAGGGCUUCAAUGCUGCGCCGCAAGAGAAGAAGCCUAACUACCUGAAGGCUCUGUCCAACAUUGUCAAUAAACUGCCAAAGCAGGUUCAAAUCACUGAACUACCAGCGCUCCUGUCUCUGCUACUGGAGGCUUUGUUGUGUCCGGAUCAGGGCGUCCAGCUGUCCACCCUGUCCUGUCUGGAGCCCGUCCUCAUCAACCCACCACCAGCUCUCAUACAGCAGCUCGAGGCUUUGGUCAGCAGGUUGCUGGCCCUCAUCUGUAGUCCAAAGCUUAGCGUUAGAAUCGCCUCACUGCGGUGCAUCCACGCCCUCUCCCGCUUCCCCGAACACGAGAUCUUACCGUUUCGGGCCCGAGUGCUGCGAGCUCUGGCCCGGCCUCUGGACGACAAGAAGAGGCUGGUGAGGAGCGAGGCGGUUCAGGCACGAGGAGAGUGGUUCCUGUUGGGAAGUCCUGGGGGAAGGUGAUUUUACACCUCAAACAUAACAAGUUUCCCAUCAAAUCCCCACCCCACCCUCCCCUGGACUUGGAGGAAGAUGGAGUUGGGAGCCUCGAUCUCCAGGACCAGGUACCCAGGAUCAAACCUACGCAGCUCACACAACAGCUCUGAGUAAACUCUCCAGUUCCACCUCCACUCCCUCACUCCUACCCUUCCUACUCUCAUCUCUUCAACCAGAAAUUCAUCCACCCUCCAUCUUCUCUCCCCUUUUACUGAAGCGUAUUUCGCCUGUUUUGUCAUGAACGCACAAAUAAGAGAAGAUGGACUGACUGUGGAGCGUAGCCUUAGAUAAACGGAUGAAAAUAGUUUAUUAAUAUGUAACACGCCUCAUGUACAUUGUUUUCUUUCUCUCUAUAUAUCAGAAAAUGCCACAUGGAUAUGCACGAAGCCAUUUUGGUUGAUAAUCAGGUUAAAUCAUCUCUCAUUCAGUCAGAUCAACAGCUAAAAUAACCUCCCAGAAAUCAUCACAUAAUCAUAAUGAAAUCAAAAGUGGUUUUUGAAUCUUUAUUAUCUCUGUUUGACAAACAAGAAAAUAAUAAAGUUUUAUCAGCUGAUUUUCUGACAAUAAA